UGAAGCUAAAGUUGCGGUCACACCAAUGAGCUCCUCUUAUGCGCCGUCUCACGAGAGUCCCUCCAUGACAGAUCCUAGCAUGUAUCGUCGUGCAUUGGGCCUCUUGCAGUACUUGGCUUUCACACUCCCAGACAUCUCCUUUGGUGUUAAUCGGCUAUCUCAAUAUAUGCAUUGUCCAACACUUGAUCAUUGGCAGGCUGUCAAGCGUGUAUUACGUUACCUCAAAGGUACCAUUCAUCAAGGGUUAUUUCUUCGUCGGGAUCCUCGUCUCACUCUCACCGCAUUUUCUGAUUCUGACUGGGGCGGUGUUCGUGAUGGGGGACGGUUUACGACAGCGUAUAUUUUAUACCUAGGAUCCAAUGUUAUCUCGUGGAAAUCCGCCAAACAAAAGUGUGUCUAUAGAUCGUCUACCGAAGCAGAAUACCGGGUCAUACGCUUUCUACAAACUCUACUUGGACCUCUUCACACCCGCUGCAGAUUUGUCUAUUCUUAUGGAAGCUUCACUUUGGAUGUUUGCACAGACCUGAAGUUUUGGCUAGAUUAUAUGAUUUCUUCCCUUCAGUUUGCCCUUUCUGUUACAAUGACAACUUAACGCAGCUAUGAAACAUAUCUUUUACUUUUGUCUAAAUGCUAGAGGUGUAUGACAAGACUGCGGUUUUCUGCUCUUGGACAGCUUAGGUGGUGGCUAGAAGGACAUAGAAGCACAUUGGAUGGUUUGUAUAAAAUCCUAAUUCUAGGGGUUAUUCUAUGACAUUUAUGGAAAGCAUAUUGUGACAUUGUUUAGGGGGAGCACUGGGGAUUUAAACAAUUCAGGUUCCAUUAUUAAUAAAGUUGCACAUUAUAUGUUUGCUUGGUGUAUGAGCAAGUCUGACUCAAAAGUAGCAGAUGGAUCAGCUUCUCUUGGAGCAUUGUGCAUUCUUCCGAAAAAAAUUCAUCUGUCAAAAUCUCCUAUGGUUACCUGGCAGAAACUUGGGUGUGCUAAAUUGAAGCUAAAUUUGGCUAUUCAAAGAAAACAUAGGACAACAGGUAUGAUUUUGCAAGACUCUGUCCAAGAUAUGGUUUCAGUGGAACAUUGCAGCCACUCAUGCAAAUUGAUACUCAUAUCUCUUACUAUGUUCUAUAGGAGGUCAUCAAAUGGUAUGCUAAUACUGGUUUUGCUAGCAUGAAGAUUGAUAUCACUUCUAAAUUAGUUGUGGGCAUGUACUCUAAUAAUUUCAGCCCCACGAAUGAUAGGAGUUGGUUGUGAAGCUUUGCGAAGGUUAAUGGUAUCUACAAAGUAGCCAAUUCCAUGACUGACCUCGUAGCCACUUUAUCGGCCAGAGGACGAUCAAUGACAACUUUCUACUCCUAUUGUGACCUCGCCAGAGAUAUUACAAGUGCAAUCACAUUAGAGAAACUUAGUAUUCCGGAUCUAGUUUAAUUUUAAACUUUAUUUCCACAAGUGUUUUUGUGAGGUAAGGCUUUUGUCCCCCUCACUUUUAUGUAUUUGAUUCUCCUUUUAAUAAUAUAAAAA